AUGAGAACAGACAACCGCAGACUGGUAUGGGAAGAUUGGUUGGCAAUCGCCAUUUAUUUUGUUUUUACCAUUGGUCUUGGUCUGGCGGUAAGUAUUACGGCGUUUUUUACAUGGACAACCAUUGAUCUGUCCGUUUGAUUGAGAGAUUGAAUGACUCACUUGAUUUAUUUUAUUGACUGUCGGAUUGAUUUAUUAAUGAACAAAUUGAUUAAUUUUAUUGAGGAUUGAUUCAUUUCUUUGACUGGCUAACUUAAUUGAUUUCAUUUAUGAAUUGAUUGAUUUGAAUGUCAAUUGAUCGACUUGCUUGACAUUGAUUUACUUCGUUCAUGAUUUGAUUUGAUUUAUUUAACUACCUAGGUUAACUGAUUUGGGCUGAUUGAUUUGAUUGACUGAUUUGAUCGAACUAAUUAACAUACAUUAAUACGAUAGAUUUAAUUGAUGAAUUGGCUGACUUGAUUGACUGACUAGAUCAACUGAUUAAUUAAUUGGUUGAAAGAUAGAUAAUAAAUUACUAAAUGAUUGAUGAUUAACGAAUUGAUUUAAUGAUAUAUUAAUUUAAUGGCUAAUCAAUUGAAUGAUGUAUUAUUUAUAGACCGACCAAUUGAUUGCUUAAUUAAUUAACCAAUUAAUUUAUCGUUUGAAUGAUUGAUUUAUCGAUUGUCUGACUAAUUGCUUGAUUAAUUGGCAGAUUAAUUGAGCGAUUGAGCUCAUUGAUUGAUGUAUUCAGGUAAAAUUUCGACGUGGACGAAGACAGGAAUCGGCAGAGAGUUUUUUCUUAGCUGGUCGUUCUUUAGUCUGGUGGAUGGUAGGGGGAAGCAUCUUUGCAAGUAACAUUGGUGGAACACAUUUUAUUGGUAUUGCUGGUGAUGGUGCCGCUACUGGCAUAGCGAUCAUCUGUUAUGAAUGGCAGGUAUGGCAAUAUUGUGGUGUUAGUGAUGGUAUAUUUAUUACCAGUAGUAUUGGUGGUACGCAUUUUAUUGGUAUUCCUGGUCAUGGUAUACGUACUGUCAUGGCAGUCAUUUUUGUUAUGAAUGGCAGGUGUGGUAGUAUUGAGGUGUUGGUGAUGGUAUAUUUAGCAGUAAUAUUGAUGGUGCACAUUUUAUUGCUUAUGAUGGUACUGGCAUUUCAAUCAUCUGUUAUGAAUAGCAGAUAUGGUGGUGAUAUUGAGGUGUUCGUGGUGGUAUAUUUACCAGUAAGGCUUAUGGUUAUGUUAAUGGGUGAUAUGUAUAUGUGAUUGAAUAUAUGGGUGGACUUUACUAAGUGGACGAUGCAUGCAGCACGUGGUGCCCGAUGGGUCAAAGAAAGGAGUAAAGAAAGAUAUUCAUGAGUUUUAUAGGAAGACUCAGCCAGAAUUCUACCCAUACAGAAAGUUUUAGCUCGAUUAGUUAGCAAUGGUCAAAACUCUUGUCAAAAAUCAGAGUAGAUAGACCCCUUAAUUAAAAACAACUUACAAUGGAUCUAAACAAUGCCCGAAUGCUCAUCUUGACCGAAAAUAACACAUUGUACAAAAAUUCUUUUCAGGCAUCGUGGACCCUCUUAAUCCUCGGAUACUUUUUUCUUCCAGUUUAUUUAAAAUCUGGAGUAAGUAAAGACGUAUUUAUAUUGCCUCUUCUUUUCAUUUAAAGCCAGGCCAUGUUACACGAGGCAUUUUUUAUGCAAACAGGUUGUAAGGACUUCUAAGGUCAAUUGCCCAGAUAAAAGCCACGAAAUGUGUAUAUUGAUGUUAAUAAUGUUUGUUUCAGAUAUACACAAUGCCGGAAUAUAUGCAGAAACGUUAUCAAAGUCAGUCCAUCCGCACUAUUUUGACAUUUAUAACCCUUGUGAGUUAUGUCUUCACUAAAAUCUCGGUAAGUCAGGCCCUACUAGGAAUUUUAGGUAAAUUGGUAUUCUCCAAGUCUCUCUUCAUUGUCAUAUAGUAUCGAUCCGCUAUAGUGUACAUUACGCUGAUUGUACGAUAGACUUGCUCCAAGUCUCUCUUUCAUUGUCAUUUAGUAUCGAUCCACUAUAGUGUACAUUACAUGACGUAGUACGGAGAGGCGGAGCGAGAAAGAGAGACUUGUCAACUUCGGAAAAUCUCGGUUCAAAACUGAACCGAAAAUGCAAGACUGGUUUACUAGUGUUUUCCUUCAAUUUCUUUCUGUAAUUUUACUAUAAUGGAACUCAUGUUAUCUAGACUGUGCUAGAUCAAUACAUAUAAACACUGACAGAAAACAAUUAAAGCAAGUCUUGCAUUUUCGGUUCAGUUUUGAACCGAGAUUUUCCGAAGUUGACAAGUCUCUCUUUCUCGCUCCGCCUCCCCGUGCUACGUCAUGUAACGUACACUAUAGUGGACCGAUACUAUAUGACAAUGAAAGAAAGACUUGGAGCAAGUCUAGCUGUACGAAGGCCGGGGGGCGGCUAUUCAAAGCAUGAUUCGUGCAGACCGUGGGUUAAAUUUAACCAUAGAUAAUCUUAUAUACACCAGAUAGUGCAUCUAAUUAUUCUGCAAUUCAAAAAUUGAAGCCGUGAUUGCAGUCUCAGGUCACGGUUCCCAUGAAAUGAGAUUAGUAUGUUUUCUAUUUCUUAAACAGGGAACUUAAACAUCAAGUUAACCCUAUUCCAAAUACUUUUUAAACUAUUCAAAUGAUGAAAGUUAUUGCUGUUUUUAAGCGUUUGAUUAGUAAGUGGGAACGACCAACAUGGCCGCCAUCUAUUCAAAUGGGGUAACCGCUGGAAUAUUUUUGGCAGACAGACGAAUCAUAUAAAGCGAACUAAUUGAGAUAGAAAUAAGAAAACACACCGACAAACUUUUAUUCACUUUCGUUUUCUUUCUUCAGAUUGAUAUUUACGCUGGCAGUGUCUAUUUCCGAGAAGCAACAGGAUGGAAUAUUUAUAUAUCAGCAUUUGUUGUGCUGAGUAUUACGGCUGUGUAUGUGAUUGUUGGUAAGGGCUCGUCUUUAAUUAUCUGCAUUUUCACAAAAGCGUGCUUUUUUAAACCCCCUCCCAACUAUAUUCAACUAUUGCAUGCAACUAUUAGUACCCCAAGCCUCUUCUCCCGGCCCCCUUGCUGUGCAAUAUUACAGGUCAAAUAAGACGUCUACAUUCUACUCAUGUUUAGGUGGUCUUGAAGCAGUUGCAUUUACAGAUAUUUUACAAGUCAGCAUUAUGCUUAUUGGCGCUGUAAUACUCACGAUAUUAGGUAAGUGUAUUCACAUUUCUUUGUGAUGUGUCCUUUGUUUAAUACUUAUCCUAUAGUUAGAAAUAACCGUGAGACAGUCUAGAGCUUGUGCUCAACAAUAUUAUAUUAGAAACCUAAAUAAUCUGUCACUGACUCACUGUAUAAGUGCAGAGUUGAACGUUUUAAAAACAGUUUCUUUCCAAGGGCAAUUGCUGAACUGAACGCCAUGAAAAAGAGGAAGGAAACUACUUUAGAUUAAAUGGUUGAACAAUUUAUAUUUUAACUAUUAUUGUUAUUCUUAAUCUAUUUUACCUUAACUUUUAUAACCAUGUUAAUAUAGUCGGCCGGCCAAGAUGGUAAAAAGUGCCUCUAAAGAGAGUUUGUUGGCAACUUUAUGUUAGAAGCUGGUAACAGGCAUUUUCUUAUAGUUCAAGCCUUGGUGAAUAAGACUGUGUGUGUUACCACUUCUGAUUUUUGCUUUAUAGCCAAAAAUUUGAGAAUUUUUAAAUUUUGCCUAUUAAAUUACUAUGAUCGGAAAAAAUGUAAAAUUUCGUGUUCUCUUAUACGAAAAAUAAACUAUACCACUAGAAAGAGCGUAAAAAACUAUAUAUAAGACAACUUAAGCGACUAGUGCGAUUUUCAAGCCGAUUUUGAAUUAAAGAUGGUUAAAGUUGGCAAAAUGGGUACUAAUUAGCAUUAAUUUGGUCAUUUCUGCAUUUUUUAACAUUAAAAACUCGAAAUAGGAUUGGAAAAACGUAGAACUCACUUAAUUGUCUUAUAUACAGUUUUUUACGCUCUUUCAAGUGGUAUAGUUUAUUUUUCGUAUAGGAGAACAUGAAAUUUUACAUUUUUUCCGAUCAUAGUAAUUUAAUAGGCAAAAUUUAAAAAUUCUCAAAUUUUUGGCUAUAAAGCAAAAAUCAGAAGUGGUAACACACACAGUCUUGUUCACCAAGGCUUAAACAACAAGAAAAUGCCUGUUACCAGCUUCUAACAUAAAGUUGCCAUCAAGUUGUACAAAUUGAUGACUUGGCCGGCCGUCUAAUAACUUUAGCUAGAUUUGACUUUGAAUGUAAACAUAUUGUAAUUCAUUUUUUAUGCGAAAAUGUGUCAUUAAACACAAAAUAAUAAUAAAAAACUCCGACUAACAAUCUAACAGACUAGCAAUUUGUCAGUUAACAAAGGGAAUAAACAUAUGAGCACAAUUAUACACAUAAGUUGCAGCUUCUUAACUAACAUUUCUCUAACAUUUUAAACAAAAUUAUUACAGGUUUCAGAGAGAUUGGCGGUAUAGAAAAGUUGUGGGAGGAAUACCCAAAAUCAUUUGGUCGUAAUUGGCGAGCGAUAGAGAAUGUCACCGUCAAUGGCACGAUAUCGGGGAGUCAUGGUAAUUCAUCAAGUUGUAAUUACGGUCUCACUCCAUAUUGGGCAAAUAUGUUCCGUCCUUUUGAUGAUCCGGACUUCCCAUGGUUUGGCCUCUGGUUCGCUUUGCCCAUUGUCGAGAUUUGGUACUGGUGUACUGAUCAGGUAUCAACCUGCAUUAAUUCUAGUUUACACUGA